GCUUCUGUCACACUGUUUACAUUCUGCACUGCUUCCGACUUCCCGCGACGCAAACAAACUUCAGCAUGUUUGCUCGUCAAAUGUAUCAGCACUGAAGAAGCCACUGUCCUGCCAUGUCGAGUGGCUAUAAGCCAGAUAUCCUGUGGUCCCCCCAUCACGCAGACCGCUAUGUGAUCUGUGACAAUGAACUCAGUCUGUAUCGGAUCGGACCCGCAGGAAGCUCAGAAACCAAAGCUGGCGCCCUUCCUUUAUCCGAGGAGACGGCGGCCACGCUGCUGGCCAUCAACUCCGACACCCCGUAUAUGAAAUGUGUGGCUUGGUAUCCCAAACAUGAGCCGGAGUGUUUGCUGGCGGUGGGACAGGCCAAUGGCCGAGUCGCCCUGACCAGUCUGGGACAGAGCCUCAACUCUAAAUGUAAGGAGCUGAUGGGUAAGGAGUUUGUGCCCAAGCACGCCCGACAAUGCAAUACGCUUGCGUGGAACCCGGUGGACAGUAAUUGGUUGGCGGCUGGUUUGGAUAAACAUCGGGCUGAUUUUUCUGUCCUGAUAUGGGACAUCAGCAGUAAGUUUUCCCCCGAAGCAGUGCCCGCCGAGAAGGUUCGCAUGUCCGGGGACUCAGACUCGGGGCCAGUGGUGACCAAACCACUAUACGAGCUGGGUCAGAACGACGCCUGUCUUUCUCUCUGUUGGCUUCCGCGCGAGCAUCAGAAGUGUCUCUUGGCCGGCAUGCACAGGAAUCUGGCCAUCUUUGACCUGCGCAACACCAGCCAGAAGACGUUUGUGAACACCAAGGCCAUCCAGGGCGUGACGGUGGACCCUCACUUUCAGGAUCGUGUGGCAUCCUUCUACGAAGGCCAGGUGGCUAUCUGGGAUUUGCGCAAGUUUGAAAAACCAGUCUUCACUUUGACCGAGCAGCCCAAACCUUUGACUAAAGUGGCUUGGUGUCCCACUCGCAUGGGUCUGCUAGCGACGCUCACUCGGGACAGCAACAUCAUCCGGCUGUACGACAUGCAGCACACGCCCAUGCCGUUCGGCGACGAGGUGGAGCCCACCAUCAUCGAGCGGAGCGUGCAGCCUUGCAGCGAGAGCAUCAUCAGCAGCUUCGCCUGGCAUCCGUCGGCACAGAACCGCAUGGUGGUGGUGUCGCCCAACCGGGUCAUGAACGACUUCACCGUCUUCGAGCGCAUUUCGCUGGCCUGGAGCUCCACCACUUCGCUGAUGUGGGCGUGUGGGCGGCACCUCUACGAGUGCGCAGAGGACGCCGGACAGGGCUCAGCCGCUGCCGAAAAGGACAUCGCCACUAAGAUGAGGGAGCGAGCGCAGUCCCGCUAUGGCCACGACACCGUCCAGGUGUGGCGGAACCACUUGCUGGCCGGAGGAGACGACCCGCAGCUGAGGUCGCUCUGGUACACACUCCAUUUUAUGAAGCAGUACACUGAAAAUGUGGAGCAGAAGCAACAGAGCAAUAAACAGUCGCUCAUCUACUCGGGCAUCAAAAACAUUGUCAAGUCCAGCUCUGCCACUACAGAGACACGGCGGUGCUGGUCGGGUUCAGACAGGCAGACCGACGUACCGCGGUACCACAGCGAGGAGCGCAGUCUGGCCCUGCAGUUGUGUGGCUGGAUUAGCCGAGGGCCUGACAACGAUGUUGAACCCUUCCUGAAGUCUCUGGAGCAGGAGGGCGAGUGGGAGAGAGCGGCUGCCGUCGCCCUCUUUAACCUGGAUAUCCGGCGGGCCAUUCAGAUUCUUCAUAAAGGAGCUUCCUCAGAGAAAGGUGAUCUGAAUCUGAACGUGGUGGCCAUGGCUCUGUCGGGCUACACCGAUGAGAAGAACUCCCUGUGGAGAGAGAUGUGCAGCUCACUCAGACUCCAGCUGAAGAAGCCGUACCUGUGCAUCAUGUUUGCCUUCCUCACCAGUGAACCCGGCGCGUAUGACGGGGUCUUGUAUGAGAGUCGUGUUGCUGUCAGGGACAGGGUGGCCUUCGCAUGCAUGUUUCUAAAUGACGCUCAGUUGCCUCGUUACAUUGACAAGCUGACCAAUGAGAUGAAGGAGGCUGGUAACCUGGAGGGAAUCCUGCUCACGGGACUAACCAAAGAUGGAGUCGAUCUCAUGGAGAGUUAUGUAGACCGAACCGGAGACGUGCAGACGGCCAGUUUCUGCAUGCUGAAGGGCUCCCCAGGAGAGGUGCUGAAGGACCCUCGGGUGCAGUGCUGGAUCGAGAACUAUCGCAACCUGUUGGACGCCUGGAGGUUUUGGCAUAAACGGGCUGAAUUUGACAUUCAUAGGAGCAAACUGGAUCCCAGCUCAAAACCACUUGCACAGGUGUUUGUGAGCUGUAACUUCUGCGGUAAGUCUAUAUCAUACAGCUGCUCGGCGAUACCACAUCAGGGCCGUGGAUUCAGUCAGUACGGGGUCAGCGGUUCGCCCACCAAGUCAAAGGUCACCAGUUGCCCUGGCUGUCGUAAACCACUUCCACGCUGUGCCCUCUGCUUAAUGAACAUGGGCACCCCUGUGUCCAGCUGCCCAGCAAAAGCAGAUGAGAAAGCCGAUCUCACACGAGACAAAAAACUUGCACAGUUCAAUAACUGGUUUACCUGGUGCCACAACUGCCGGCAUGGUGGUCAUGCGGGUCACAUGCUCAGCUGGUUCAGAGAUCACAGUGAGUGUCCCGUGUCGGCCUGCACCUGUAAAUGCAUGCAGCUGGACACCACAGGCAACCUGGUGCCUUCUGAUAGUGUAUAAAGGCUUAUCUGCCUUCCUUUUCCAAGUUAAAUCUGCCAUGUUACUAGAAACCAGCUACCAACACUAGUACUGUAAGUGAUGAGGGGAAAGAUCUCACGGUUUCAGCAGUGAUCUGUACACCUCACUUGCAUUGAUGUCAACGACAGGUGUUCUAUUGUCACAGGAACAGUUAGGAUUAUGUUACCCAUGAUUAACUCACGCACCCACGGGCAGUUGUGCUUCCUGAGAAAAGUGUCCAUGUGAAUGUCUGACCAAAGCAUUUGGGAUUCAGGAGCAAGAAUUUCUAUGAAUAAAACUAUUUCAGUAUUGAGUUUAGAGACAGGAAAAGGGAUAUUACGAUCAUUUCAACAUGAUGAGUUUGAAUACAUGUGAGAAAUGUUUUGUUGAUGUCUCGUAGAAAGUGCUUUUACGUGGUCCAUCACUACUUCCAUUGCUUGCCUUCAUCAUAUUUCUUUAAAAGGAACCACCAUUGUAGAGGUGUUAUACAUCAGGUUAAGGGAAGCCCAGGUCAAGAGAAAUGAUUCUCACUGGAAAGUAGUAAAAAUUUUGUUCGGUUUGUUUUUUUAAAAUUGCUUUUAACAAAUAACACAGUGAUUUUUGUUGUUUAAAAUGUGUACUAUUAACAUUAGUUCUGGCUGAGUGUUGCAUUUUUGGAUCUGAAGGUAAUGUAAAAUGCUGUUUUGUAGUUCUUACCUUAAUUUAUUGCACAAUCAAUGCAACAACUAAACAUCCUAACUAUUUAAAUGAUUGUCUUUAUUUUUGGAAAAACAAAAAAGAACUUCCAUUGAGGACUAAUGUUAUUAAAACACUUUUCUGAAGGAG